AUGGUAAACUUCGGUCCACCGGACACUGUGCCAGAGAAAUUCAGCGACCGGCUGUUCUACCAGCACAAUCCGACAGUGACGUUGAUGCGGACAACCGCUGAAGAAACCGCUGAACUCGGACGCAUCAUGGCACGCAAACUGAGUGAAGCACAGGGACCCACAACAGUCAUUAUCCCCACCCAAGGCGUAUCAGCGAUUGACAAAACAGGGCAGCCUUUUGAUUCACAGGAAGCGCGCGAGGCAUGGCGCGAGAAUCUAAAAGCACACAUCGGUGCAGACACGCCUUGGCAACCGCCUUCUUCAGAGGUGAGCGGUUGGCAUAAGGAUGGCGAUUUCUUCCGUCAUUUUCUCGAUAGCCCAGAACAGGGACUGCUUACUAUCGUUGUCUGGUCGGAUAUUUAUCCAAAAAGCGGUGGGACAUUUGUAGCAUGCGAUUCUGUCCAGCAUGUCGCGCAGCGGUUGUAUGAGCAUCCAGAAGGAUUGCCGCCUGGCGGUUUCGGGAAACUCAUUGGAAAGUGCAAGGACUUUGCAGAGAUUACCGGAAAAGCGGGGGAUGUUGUGCUGCUGCAUCCGUUCAUUUUGCAUGCGGCUUCGCAGAAUCUGUCUGUCCGCGCUCGUUUUAUUACGAAUCCACCUGUCGGUCUUGCGGAACCGAUGAAUUUCAACCGUGAGAAUCCGGACGAUUUCUCGCCGGUGGAGUUAGCGGUGUUAGAUGGAUUGGGGAAAGACCGUUUGGAUUUCAAACCGACAGCACCGCGGGAACGUUUAGUGCCAGAGCGAGUUCAGCGUCAAAAGAAGAUGCUGGAGGAACAGAAGAAGCGACUCGAGAUCGGAUAG